GUUUUCCGGUUUCAUAAUGACGAAGAAGGAAGUUAUUCUUCUUAAAUUUUGACCCAAACAAACCCAUCUGAACAAUCCCACGUGUGAUGGGAAACUUACAGGACCGAUGACUUUCAUGUUGUCGUCUUACUGGGGCCAGUUUGGGUAAAUUAUAUCUAUCCAUACCGAGACGCUAACCGUACAGGCUGGUCGGCUAAACCAGAUGAGGCUGUCAGAGUCGCCGGUGUGACCCACGAAACGCGCGUCUCGACUCUGAGAUAGGUCCUCUUUUCCCGUGUUUUGUCAUCAUGUCGCUGUGGUUGAAAUAUUGCCAGCGGUGUUUUGUGAACCGGGUGGUGGUGACUCGGGGAGGUUUUGCUGUGAGACGUGGACCGGCCGCCGCCGUAUACAGGUGCUGCUCCACGGUCCAGGGAGAGGUGAGGGUCAGGUUUGCCCCCAGUCCGACAGGUUUCUUGCACCUCGGAGGACUCCGCACUGCUCUUUACAAUUACAUCUUUGCAAAGAAGUAUGGAGGCAAGUUCAUCCUGCGGCUGGAGGACACUGAUCAGAGCCGACUGGUACCAGGAGCUGCAGAGUCCAUAGAGGACAUGCUGGAAUGGGCCGGUAUUCCCCCAGAUGAGAGUCCUCGUCGAGGCGGCCCGCUGGGUCCGUACCUGCAGUCCCAGAGGCUGGACCUCUACAAUGAGACAGCACGGCAGCUCGUAGAGAGCGGUCACGCUUACUACUGCUUCUGUAGCUCUCAAAGGCUGGAACUACUCAAAAAAGAAGCGUUAAGGAGUGGGCAGACUCCAAGGUAUGACAACAGGUGUCGUCACCUGCGGGCCGACCAGGUCCAGGAGAAGUUGGCUCAGGGAGCGUCGCAUGUCAUCAGGUUUCGUCUGGAAGAGGGAGUCGAGCCUUUUCAGGAUCUCGUCUUCGGGUGGAAUCGUCACGAUGUGGCGCAGGUGGAGGGGGACCCUGUGGUGGUCAAAGCGGACGGUUUUCCCACCUAUCAUCUUGCCAACAUCGUAGACGAUCACUACAUGAAGAUCAGCCACGUACUGCGGGGGUCCGAGUGGCUCAUCUCCACCUCCAAACAUCUCCUCAUGUACCAGGCUCUGGGGUGGCGGCCGCCCGCCUUCGGACAUCUGCCGCUGCUGAUGAACAAAGACGGCACUAAACUGUCCAAGAGACAGGGGGACAUAUUCAUUCAAAGCUUCCAGAGGGACGGGGUCCUGGCGGAGGCGCUGCUCGACAUCACGACCAACUGUGGAUCCGGGUUCAACACAAAUCGAAUUGGACGGAGGAUAGAUGAGCUGAUUUCUGAGUUUAAUCCUUCAAAGAUCACAACUCACUCGGCGUUAUUAGACCUGGACAAACUACCAGAGUUCAACAGGAUCCACCUACAGCUGCAAAUCGAAGAUGAGGAAAAGUGCUGCUCGCUCAUAAAAGAUGUACGGGAACAGAUCCAGCAAAGCUACACAGCAGAGAUCCAGGAUGAAGAAGUGCUGCAUGAGGAUUAUAUCAGACGGGUGCUACAUUUACGUAAGGGUCACAUAUCCUCCCUGAAGGAGCUUGUAAGUCCAGUUUACUCUUACCUGUGGGUGCGUCCUUCCUUCUCCAGCCAGCAGGUGGCAGCACUCACCCCGGAGCCGCAGCACAUUGCUUCAUUAGUGCUGAAGUUAAUAGAGGAGCGAGGCGAGCGGCUGUCGUUGGAUGAACUCGCUAAAGACCUGAAGACUCUGGCUAAGCAGGCUAAAGCCACCAAGUACAGAGAAGUGAUGAAGCUGCUACGCUUGGCUCUCAGCGGCCUGCAGCAAGGACCCAGCGUUGCAGAGAUGAUGGUGUCUCUGGGGCCUGCAGAGAUCAGCCGCCGUUUCCAGAAACUUUUGCUGCUUUCAGAGACGAGUUAAAGGCGAACGCAGUCUGUCACCUCGCAUUCACCUCGCUGACUGAGGGAACAUGAGUCACACGGCUGCUCAUCUUCCAGAGCUGAACGGGACGCGUUUAAAAUGAAGCUGUGAUGACGUGUUGAGCGAUACUUGAUUGUUGCAGAUGUUUUAUAAAAGAGCUGAAAACACAA